UCUAAGGAAGCAUUCAUUGUUUUCGUCUUCCUUUCCAGUAAUAAGAGAAACAAGAAAACUCCAGUACAAUCACUAAUGGUUUCGAUUCUGAGUCAUCUCUGCAAACGCGUUAAGUCACUGAGUUGCAUGGUCUACUAGACUCCACUCAGGGAGACGCCUAUAGAUGCUAACCCAAAACAAAUAUCCUUCAUUUCACGCUGCGACAUUACACAAUGGUCACCUCUUCAGUUCUUCCAAUAAUUCCCAGAGCAAGCGAACAGUGAGCGGUGUGGAAGUUGCUGAGAUGAAACAAGUAUUACAUGUCCGAGUCACCGAUGCCGGCGUUUCAAGAAUAUCAAAAUCAAUAAAUGACGAUAUUCAUCGUGCCCAAACAUUGCCACCUCAUCUCAGGAUUACUUCCAUGUUGUUUUCAGUAGGUGCAAGCAAUCCCGCAGAGAUAAUGGUGAUCAAAUAUGAAGAGUCAUCGAAUAUUAUCAGCUUGGACAAGUUGGGAAAAACAUUAAAGGCAUCCAUGCAAGAAAAGUCCAUAGAGUCUCUGAAUGUUGGUCUGAACCGGGUAGGGAAGUGUAACGUUCAAGCUGAAGCUCACGACACAGCCGAAACCGACGGUUAAAGACUCUAGGUGAUAUCUCUCAGAAUCGAUUGAAGUGGUAUAGAUGUAUUCACACUUUAUCUCCAAAAUAGCUGUUAUAUCACAUUUCCUUAUUUUCUUUAUCCUCUCAUUGCCCCGUACUACGGCUUUCCACUGUGCUAUUCUUAUUCACUCGUAAUUCAUCUUCUGCCGUUUGAUUUGAGGCAUGCCGGCUUGAACUGUUAAAGCGUAACACUAGGUUUCAUGUUCUUAUUGACCGAGUGAUAAAAGAGAGGGAUAAUGCAAGAUAUGAAAUUGGUAAAAUUAGAUGGUGAACGUAUUUCCAAGCUUCCAAACUCUCACAUACGUUGGUAAUAAGGGUAUGCGGUCACCGAA